ACUAGUGAAUAGGGCCACUGUUAAUUACGUAUCAGCUGCAAAGUGAAUGUAUUUUAAUGCAAGUUCGGGGUGCGGCAACAUUUUAUUUAUAUAUUUAAUCUUACCUCUUAGCAUAAGAGAAAGGGAGUGUUUUAUAAAACGAGAAAUUAAAUUGGAUUGGGUUCGGUGCUUUUUAUUACAAAUAUUAGUCUAUCUAUAAAGUACUGAAGGACAUUUAACGUGCUUACAUUGGUGCCGAAAAUGCACAUCAACUCCAUUUUAUUUUCUGCUGUAAUAAUGGCAGCAGUGUCACUGAUGUUGACCACUGCAGCUGCUGCUGACCCGAGGGAUUUCUGUUUCUGGACUAAAGUCACGUCGAACGGUGAGACCCAUCUCAGCUUUCUCCGACACCACAGCGAAACUCACCACGCCUCCUCCUCAUCCCUCCAUCUCUACCACAGUGUGUGGUCGGUGGGGAAUAGACUGGUCAACUGCGCAGUGAGUGACGACACGGCCGUUACAGACAGCUACAUGUCUGUGUGUCGGGAGAAGAACACCACAGGAGAGUUCUCUGACCGUCCGUGUGAACGUUUUGAUGUCAAUGCGCAGUCUGAACUUGAAAGCCACUGCGCUCCUGUUAGCUCUCCAACCGUUACCCAGCGCGAAGCCGUUGGAGAUGCCUCUGAGGAACACAGAGAGACAAGGCGUAAGAGGCACGCACGGAGCGUUAUUGAUGAUAUAGCGUUCCAGAAUCCUCUUGGAGACGGUGGUGACAGUUCCAGGGAUGAGACGCAAACCCAUCGGCGCGUAAAACGUGGUCUCAUCGUGCCGGGAACGCUUUGGUGCGGCUCAGGGAACAAGGCGGAGACCUAUGACGAUUUAGGUGUGUUUGCAGAGACAGACAGUUGCUGCAGGGAGCAUGACCAAUGUCAGGACACCAUCCUGUCGUUCGAGACCAACUAUGGAGUUUUCAACACAAACAUUUUCACCCUGUCCCACUGCCACUGUGAUAACAGGUUUCACCAGUGUUUGCUGGGGGCGGAGGACAGUAUUUCAGACACAGUGGGAUACGUCUUCUUCAACCUGCUGAAGAUGCACUGCUUUGAGUUCUCCCACAGACUACAGUGCUCUCAGAGGAACUGGUUUGGCAUGUGUCAACAGUAUGAGAUGUCUCUGUAUGCUGUGGUCCAUCCUCCCACCUUCUACAACUCCACCCAGCCAGACCCUGACUUAGAGGAGGAUGACAUGGCUGACAAUACCACCACUACCAUCUUCACCCCCACUUCCACCUCCCCCUCCAACUCUACCACCUCCUCCUCCACAUCUUCCUCCACCAUCUCUACCUCCAUCUCCUCAUCUCCCUCCAUCACUUCAACCUCUCCCACCUUUCCCUACAUUGCCACUUCCACCUCUCCCUCCACCUCUCCCUCCACCUCCACCCUCACCUCUCCCUCCACCCCUCCCUCCACAUCCACCCCCACCACUCCUUCCAGUGCUGCCCCAGCAGACCUCACCCCAGGGGGUCAGAGUGGAACACCAGCCUCUGGCUCACCUGUCAUCCACCCUUACCCUGGAGAGGACAAUGUGGUUGCCAAUACUUCCCCCACCUCCACCACUGGCACUGCUACUGCUAUAGGGACCCAGAGUAGCACCUCGGGACUAGAAACCUCAGCCUCGGGCCCAGCAUUGGCUUUGGCCUCGCCAGCUGAACCCACCCACCAUACUGGCCUGACUCUGCCUAAGUCUAACCAGGACGCAGCAAGCACAGGGAAGCAGCAUGUGUAUGUGUGUGAUGUAUACAGAGACCUGGAUGACUGCAGGUUUAAGAUCCCUGCUCACCAGAAGAGAUACAGCCUCCUCAACCCAGAACCCAGGACCCUCUUCCACUGCAACUGUACCAGCAGACUGUCUGAGGUUCUGGUUCAGCAGAAGGAGAUAUCUGGGGUUCAGACUAUCCUGUUGAAGUACAUCUCUCUGUCCUGCUUCACAUUACAGCCACAGGUCUGCACACAGGGGACAAGCUGCUCGGCUUCUCUGGUCAAACCCUCUCCUGCUCAGCUGGAGCAGCAAAAGAUCAAUGGUGGAGGCAUGGAGGAGUGGCGCCAUCUACAGGCCGUUGGCCACAACGGCAGGAGGCCCAAAUCUAGAUGGGCCAAACGCAGACUACACAAACUCUGCAUCAGGAUGACCAGGAAGCACAGUCAAUGUGCUUUAGUAGAAGAUGCAGUGCCAAUGUGAUGCAAUGUUGCCUGAUCUAUUUAGCCAUCCCAUUUCCUCCCCUAUGGGAUAUAGAUACUAUUUAUUUUUGUAAUUGACAUUUUAGUAAUUGUAAAUCCAGAUGAAUCCAGAGCUGCUUAUAGUUAGUGCAUUCACUUUAAGAUAGCUAGGUGAGACAUCCACACCAGCAAACUCAGUGCAAGUAGGAAAAAAGACAAGUGCACGUUUUUGUUGUUGUUGGAGGGAUAAUCUACUAAUAGCAGUUGUAAAUAGUGAUAUGUGUAUCAGGGCCUUACUGCUGUAAAGGAAAAACUCUGUUUCAAGUCCUGAAUGUAAAUAUCUAAGCUACUGUACUAUAGUGUAAAAUACUUUUUUUUUUAAACUACUGUCUAUGCUCAGCAUUCAUUUAAUACUCUAUCUUACUGCAAAUUGUACAUAUAAGUUACUUGUAUAGAAACACAUAUCAUUAUCAAAGACAGUGUUUGCAUUUAAUGUUUUUAUUCAUUAUUUGUUUACGCUGUAAUAAUCCAGACUGUAUCACAACCUGCCGUGAUUGGGAGUCCCAUAGAGCGGCGCACAAUUGACCCAG